AUGUACAGACGUUUACUUGUCCUUGCAGGAGGAGGUGCUGCACUCACCGCUGGUAUUAAUCGUUGGAGAAAUCCAAUUCCCGAUAAUGAACAAAAAUUUGUCAAUGAUUUGCGUGAGUUCAACACUGAAAAAAUUGAAUACGAAAAUGCUUUAAAUCCUGAAGUUUUUCAAACCUUUAAAUUGAAAGAAGUGAAGCCUAUCAGUCAUGAUACCUCCAUUUUUACGUUUGCUUUGGAAGAUGUUGAUCAAGUAAAUGAGGAUGGAUUGAAGAUUCUCAAAAAGUUGAACAUGCCAGUCGCUAGUUGUGUAUUUGUCAAGGCAAAUGUUGGAGAUGAAGUUGUGGUAAGACCUUACACUCCAAUCAAUAGAAAUGGAGAUGUUGGAUUUAUGAAUUUAUUGAUCAAGGCUUAUCCCAAUGGUAAAUUAAGCAAAAAAAUUCAUGAAAUGAAAAUUGGAGACUCUUUAGAAUUUAAAGGACCAUUGCUAAAAUAUGAUUACAAACCUAACAUGAAGAAGGAAAUGAUAUUCCUAAGUGCUGGAACAGGAAUUACUCCAUCCUAUCAAUUAAUUCAAGAAAUUUUAUCCAAUUCCAAUGAUUCCACUAAAAUUACUCUUCUCUAUGCGAACAAAACUCCAGAAGAUAUUUUACUAAAGAAGGAAUUAGAUACUCUUGCUAAGCAGCAUCCAAAUCAAUUUAAAGUGUUCUAUACUGUUGAUGCUGAUCCAAAUAAGACUGCUGAUGCUUCCAUUCAAGGAAGAGGUUUUGUGAAUCAUGAAAUGUUGAAACAAUUUGGAUUACCAAAACCUUCCAGUGAUGUCUUGGUGAGUGUAUGUGGUCCUCCACCAUUCUAUGAUUUGUUGUGUGGCCAAAAGAAGAGUCCAAAAGAACAAGGCGAAGUUACUGGUCUCUUGAAAGACAAGUUUGGAUAUAAUGAAACCAAUGUCUUUAAAUUUUAA